AUGGUUGUCCUCAAAACCAAUGGAAUUAUUCAGUCGAUUGGAAUGAAGCUUAAUGAAGUUGACCAAGAUUUUGGACAAAAAAUUCAAGGCCUUGAUCAAGCUAUGCGUAAGACUGAUAAUAAAUGUAAUAAUUUGGAAGACAAGAUUGCGAAGGUAUUAAAAUGA